CCGGAAGGCCAUUCUCGCAGUCAGCCAGGCAGAGCGGAAGCGCUCGGGUCCUGGAGGGCCCGAAGGGUGGCGCAGGAGAUCUCCAUGGAUACCGAGCCAGCGCCCGCGGAGCCCGUGGUGCCUUCGCUAGUGGAUCGUUAUUUCACUCGCUGGUACAAAGCUGAUGUCAAAGGGAAACCUGGUGAGGACCAUUGUAUACUACAACACUCUAACCGAAUAUGUGUCAUCACAUUGGCAGAAUCUCAUCCAGUGCUUAAAAGUGGAAAAACAAUUAAAAGUAUUUCCUAUCAGAUCAGCACCAACUGUAGCAGACUUCAGAACAAGGUUUCUGGGAAAUUUAAGCGGGGGGCACAGUUUCUAACAGAACUUGCACCUUUGUGUAAGAUUUACUGUUCAGAUGGGGAAGAAUAUACCAUUUCCAGCUGUGUUAGAGGACGGUUGAUAGAAGUAAAUGAAAACAUUCUCCAUAAGCCAUCUAUUCUUCAAGAAAAGCCAUCCACUGAAGGCUACAUUGCAGUUGUGUUACCCAAAUUUGCGGAAAGUAAAAGUAUAACAGAAGGUUUACUGACACAAAAACAGUAUGAAGAAGUCGUGGAGAAACGCAGUGAUGGCACAACAGGUACUUCAUGAGGAUUGAGGUUCUUAGCUUACCUGACUUAAGCCAUCAGUGAAUGCACUAGAGAACCAGGACGCGUGAAACACUUCACACCCAGCCAUCAGCAGGAGAGGAGGACUCCUUCAUUCAACCUAGUUUCCCCCUUUGUCUUAUAUAAGAAGACCACAGUUGGCAAAUAAGGGCUAUUUUCUAAUUAAAAACAAACACACCUUAGUCAGGCACAGUGGUGCAUGCCUAUAAUCCCAGCUUC